GCCACUCCUGCCGCGGCGAUGCUACACUCCGUGGGCGCCCAGACCUUGCAAGCGCUCAGCCAGGUGGCCGCCUGCGUGCUCCUCCUGCCCCGCUUCCUCCUGACCGCUGUGAUGCUCUGGCUCCUGGAUUUUCUCUGCAUCCGGAAGAAACUCCUGCUGACCGCGGCGGCGGCGGCGGCGGCGACCCUCGGCGAGGAGCAAGAGUUGGCGGCGGAGGACGGCGACUCGAGCGAGGGGACCUGCCCGCCGGACGACCCUCCGCUCUGCGUCUCCGACUCGAACCGCAUGUUCACGCUGGAGUCGCUCAAAGCGGUGUGGCACGGGCAGAAGCUGGACUUUUUCAAGGCGGCGCACGUCGGCGCCACGGCGCCCAACCCGGAGGUGGUCCAGCUGGACGGGCGCACGCGGCAGCGCAUCCUGGACUACGCCCGGGGCAAGAGGCCGCUGAUCCUCAACUUCGGCAGCUGCACCUGACCCCCCUUCAUGGCGCGCCUGCGCGCCUUCGAGCGCCUGGCCGCGCGCUUCGUGGACAUCGCCGACUUCUUGCUGGUCUACAUCGAGGAGGCUCACCCUUCCGACGGCUGGGUCAGCUCGGACGCCGCCUACGACAUCCCCCGGCACCAGUGCUUGCAGGACCGGCUGCGCGCGGCUCAGCUGAUGAAGGAAGGCGCGCCGGGCUGCCCGCUGGCCGUGGACACCAUGGACAACGCCUCGAGCGCCGCCUACGGGGCGUACUUCGAGCGCCUGUACAUUAUCCAGGAGCGGAAGGUGAUGUACCAGGGCGGCCGGGGCCCCGAAGGCUACAAGAUCUCCGAACUCAGGCGCUGGCUCGACCAGUACAAGAGCAGCCUCCGGGCCGGGCCCAGCACCGUGGUGGUCCAGGUGUAA